CAGAAACCAGCUCUCAAGACAGCGGGUUCAGGGCAAAGCAGGUUUCAGGUGACAGAGGUAACGGAGUUAGGACCCGUCACAUCUGGAGAGCGCACGUCAGGAGGGACUGAUGGAACUACGGGUAUGGCUGGUAGUAAGGGGUCGGCAGGUGGAGAGGAGUCCAAAGGGAGAUUUAGCGUAGUCAAGUUUCUUGAUUCAGGUGGAAUAGGGACGGACGCAUCUGAUGUGGCUCAGAAUGGUGACACUGUCAGGAGCACGGGCAGCCAUCGUUCGUCCGCAAGCGGUCAUACUAACAUUUCAGAUACCCACUCAAAUACGUAUUAUAUGCGAACAUUUGGCCAUAACACAAUUGAUGCUGUCCCAAACAUCGAUUUCUACCGACAAACAGAAGCGCCUCUUGGAGAUAAGUUGAUACGGCCAACUCUUUCGGAGCUACACGAUGAGCUUGACAAGGAGCCGUUGGAUGAGGAUGGCUUUCCUAUUGGGGAGGAGUCUACUCUUGCUGAGGAGGCUGCAGCCAAAGAAGGAACAAAGGAACAAGCAAAGGGAGGAACCAUCAAGUUUGGCUGGGUCAAAGGUGUCCUGAUACGUUGCAUGUUGAACAUCUGGGGUGUGAUGCUCUUUAUUCGCAUGUCGUGGAUCGUGGGACAGGCAGGCAUUGGUCUGACAUGUGUUAUUAUUCUGAUGGCAACAGUUGUAACCACCAUCACUGGACUCUCCACCUCAGCCAUAGCAACCAAUGGGUUUGUGCGAGGAGGUGGAGCAUAUUACCUCAUAUCAAGGAGUUUGGGCCCUGAAUUUGGCGGCUCCAUUGGUCUCAUCUUCGCCUUUGCUAAUGCUGUGGCUGUGGCCAUGUAUGUUGUGGGCUUUGCUGAAACUGUCGUUGAGAUGCUUAAUGAUGUAGAUGCCCUGAUGACAGAUGAACUCAAUGACGUCCGUAUAGUGGGCACCCUCACUGUCAUCCUGCUUCUGGGCAUCUCAGUGGCAGGGAUGGAGUGGGAGGCGAAGGCCCAGAUUGUGUUGUUGAUCAUUCUUUUGGCCGCCAUCUUCAACUAUUUCAUCGGAACCGUCAUCACCAUGGAGUCAAAAGAGCCCAAAGGCUUCUUUGGCUACAAAGCGGCUAUCAUGAUGGAGAACAUGGGACCGGAUUUCCGAGACGGCGAGACGUUCUUUUCCAUGUUUGCCAUUUUCUUUCCGGCUGCAACAGGCAUCCUGGCAGGUGCCAACAUCUCAGGAGACCUUACAGAUCCUCAGUCAGCCAUUCCAAAGGGCACUCUUUUGGCCAUCCUUAUAACUGGAAUUACUUAUGUGGCAGUGACUGUUUCUACUGGAUCUUGUAUCCUUAGAGACGCCACUGGCGAUCACAAUGAUACCUCCAGUGUCAGUGACUUGAACUGCACGGAUGCUGCCUGCACACUUGGUUAUGACUUCUCGAUUUGUAAGGAAGGAGGCUGCAAGUUUGGGCUUAUGAACGAUUUCCAAGUCAUGAGUUUGGUGUCUGGGUUUGGACCUCUGAUCACUGCUGGUAUUUUCUCGGCCACGCUGUCAUCAGCCCUGGCCUCUCUCGUCAGUGCCCCAAAAGUCUUCCAGGCUUUGUGCAAGGACAACAUCUACCCAGGCCUCCAUGUCUUUGCUAAGGGAUAUGGAAAGAACAAUGAACCUUUACGGGGCUAUGUCCUCACCUUCUGUAUUGGUCUGGCCUUCAUUCUUAUUGCUGAGCUGAAUGUCAUUGCUCCCAUCAUUUCAAACUUCUUUCUGGCCUCAUAUGCCUUGAUAAAUUUUUCUGUGUUCCAUGCAUCUCUGGCCAACUCUCCAGGAUGGCGGCCAAGCUUCAAAUAUUUCAAUAAGUGGGUCUCGCUGGCUGGAGCCGUGCUUUGUUGUGCUGUCAUGUUUGUUGUAAACUGGUGGGCCGCCCUUAUGACCAAUAUCAUUGUCUUGGCUCUCUAUGUAUAUGUCAGCUAUAAGAAACCAGAUGUUAACUGGGGCUCCUCCACUCAAGCCUUGAUCUAUAACCAUGCCCUGACACACUGCCUCCUUCUCACUGGUGUAGAGGACCACGUCAAAAACUUCAGACCCCAGUGUCUGGUGAUGACUGGAUACCCCAAUGCCCGGCCUGCUUUACUCCAUCUGGUAAACGCAUUCACUAAGAACGUAGGCCUUAUGGUGUGUGGCCACGUCCGCACGGUGUCCCGUCGGCCAAACUUCAAGGAGAUGUCUCUUGAUCAUGCCCGCUACCAGCGCUGGCUACUGAAGAACCGCAUCAAGGCCUUCUACACCCCUGUGUUUGCUGAAGACCUGAGACAUGGAGCUCAGUACCUUUUACAGGCUACAGGUUUGGGGCGUUUGAAGCCCAACACACUUGUGAUGGGCUUUAAGAACAACUGGAGUGAUGGCGAGAUGAAAGAUGUGGAAAUGUAUAUCAACAUCAUCCAUGAUGCCUUUGACUUGCAGCAUGGUGUUGUCAUCAUCAGACUACAAGAGGGUCUUGAUAUCUCCCAUAUUCAAGACCCAGAUGAGCUCCUGUCAUCCCAUGAGAAGAAGGACGCGGGUAUGAAGGAUGUUGUGGUGUCUGUCAACAUGGUUGGUAAAGACUCCGAGGACAGUAACUCCUUUCCUCCAUCCCUGAUCACCAGUGCUCAAAACAGCCCUCUCAUUCUCAGAGAGACGAAGAGAAGUGCUAAGCCACUGAGCCUCACAGACCAAAGGCUUCUGGAGGCCAGCCAGCAGUUCAAGAAGAAGCAGUGCAAAGGCACAGUGGAUGUGUGGUGGCUGUUUGAUGAUGGAGGCUUGGCUCUGUUGAUUCCGUACUUGCUCACGGAAAAAAAGAAGUGGAAGGACUGCAAAAUCCGUCUUUUUAUUGGUGGGAAGAUCAACAGGAUUGACCAUGAUCGCAGGGCAAUGGCUGCUCUACUCAGCAAAUUCAGGAUAGAUUUCUCUGCGAUCUAUGUGCUCGGGGACAUCAACACUAAGCCAAAGAAACACAAUGUGCUUAGCUUUGAGGAGAUGAUCGAGCCGUAUAAGCUAAAGGAGGACGACAUGGAGCAGGAGGCUGCAGAAAGGUUGAAGGCUGAGGAGCCUUGGAGGAUCUCAGACAACGAGCUGGAGCUCUACAGGGCCAAGACUAACCGACAGAUCAGAUUGAAUGAAUUGCUGAAAGAACACUCAAACUCAGCAAAACUCAUCGUUAUGAGCAUGCCAUUGGCCCGGAAGGGAACGGUGUCCAGUGCCCUCUACAUGUGCUGGUUGGAGACCCUGUCGAAAGACCUGCCUCCUAUUCUCCUAGUGCGAGGCAACCACCAGAGUGUCCUUACUUUUUACUCUUAA